ACCCAAGGAAUACAUAUAUACAUAUGCACACCCUUUGUUUUGCCUGCAAAGUUGAAAUCCUCCACAAAUACGCUCAUCCACCAAUCAGUCAUCAUAUCUCUCUCGAUCAUCACCAUUCUUCCUGUAACUAUUCAAAGCGCUAGAGUUUAUGCUGUCAUGGGAAACCGAAAGCCAGCUUGGUUAGAAGCUCUCUAUGUGCAACAAUUUUUCACCCCGUGUUCAACUCAUGAGAACGCAAAGAAGAACGAGAAGAAUGUAUUAUGUUUGGAUUGUUGCAUAAGUAUCUGUCCACACUGUUGGCACGCACAUAGAUUCCAUAGGCUCCUUCAAGUUCGCCGUUAUGUAUAUCAUGAUGUUGUGAGGCUAGAAGACCUAGAAAAUCUUAUCGAUUGCUCAAAUAUUCAGGCUUAUACCAUUAAUAGUGCAAAAGUUUUGUUUAUCAAGAAGAGACCUCAAAACAGGCAAUUUAAGGGAGCUGGAAACUAUUGUACUUCUUGUGAUAGGAGCCUCCAAGAACCCUUUAUCCAUUGUUCUCUAGGGUGUAAGGUGGAUUUUAUACUCAAACAUUAUAGAGACCUCACACCAUUCCUAAGGGUAUGCAAUUCCUUACAACUUGGUCCAGAUUUUUUUAUUCCAAAUGAAAACGGAGAUGAUGACAUGACAAAUGAGAUACCUCACUCGACCGUUGUGGAUUUUGACGACCCAAUGAGCUCGUGCUCGGGUUCAUCUGGUUCAGAAAACAUGAGCGUCUCGAUGUGCACUGAGUUUGUUAGCAGAAAGAAGAGAACUGGACUAUACACUUGGGGAAGAUCAUCAUCUAACAAGGUUCAUUCUGAAGACGAUAUGACCUCAAGCAUGAGUCGAAGAAAAGGUAUUCCUCAGAGGUCACCUAUGUGUUGAAAUGUGAGAUCGAGACCCCUAAUAAUUCUCAGGUUAUCUCUCUUUUUUUAGAUAUGUUUUUUUUUUCUUUUUUGGGAAUACUAUUUUUCAUCUAGUGCAAGAGCUUUCCAUUUUGGGAAACUAUAUUUUUUACUAUAUAUAUCUAUGCGGUUUUAUGUUCAA